AUGGCGGCGCGCGGGGAGGCGGUGACGCCGUUGCAGUCGCGGUCGCUGUUCCUGUGGGACGAUGGGACCCCGAUGCGGUUCUACGUGCGGCCCGGGCUGGCCAAGCUACGCCUGGCGCCGCUGCUGCUGGCGGGCGGCGGGCGGCUGUGCCGCGUGCAGGAGCCGGGCGCCGUGCUCCUGGCGCAGCCCGGCGAGGAGGCGCCCAGCGGGGCUGUCUCCACCGUGUACGUGACGGAGUGCGUGGAGCGCAACCAGCGGCUGCCGCUAGAGCCCUACCGGCUGCCCGCCGCGCCGCCCGCCGCCGCCGCCCCCCGCGGCCGCCUGGCCUUCACGGAGGCGGAGGACGUGGCGCUGCUGUGGGCGGUGCAGCAGCAGGGCCAGGCGCGGGCGCGCGGCCGGGCGCUCUGGAAGGAGCUGGAGCGGGCCGGCCUGACGCGGCACAGCUGGCAGGCCAUGCGCGACCGCUACCUGCGGCAUCUGCGGCCGCGGCACAGGGAGCCCCGGAAGACGGCGGAGCCCGCGCAGACCUUGGGCAUUUUCGCGGCGGCUAACCGGGAGUUUGAAAGCACGGAGUCAGGAAGCGACGCUUCAGACAUCACAGAAGAACUUUCUACACAAAAUGGAGAGGGAAAGUCCUUGAGAGAAACAGUGUUUGGUUUGAAAAUGGGACUGGAGGACUCUGCAAAUGGCUGUCAGGAAAAGCCAAGGGAAGAAAGACCAGCAAGCUCUUGCUCUUCUUCCAGUGUGGUGGGAGAAGUAGUAAAAACUAUGCAGCGCUUCAUGGAGCAUCUCAGCAUGGACCUGCUCACGAUUACACAGGCCUUCCUGAAAAACACUGGUGAAGUGGAGACCACUUUACACUUUCUGCAGACAGGGCAGCGCUUAGAUGGGUACCCUGUAUGGAGCAGAGAGGAUGAUUUGGAAUUGCAAAAAGACGAUGAACACAUCAGAAAUAAAUUGAUAGCAAAAUUUGGAGCUGAAAAUGUAGCAAAGCGGAUAGCAUUUAGGAAAAGUUAGAUAGGAAAGCAGAGGGGAAUGGCUAAUCUAUGACUGCAGCAGGAACUUAAAAACUCAGUCAUUUCAGAAAUGUAAAUGCAAUGGAAAGUUUGAUGCAACAUUCUAAAUCUUCAGGAAUCCUUUAAAAUGAUUUUUUUAAA